AUGAACUGCUCGGCUGAUAUAAAUGAAUGUGAUACUCUUCGUCCUUGCAGGAACAAUGGUAAAUGUAUAAACACAGUGGGAGGAUACGCGUGCCACUGUUCCGCAGGAUGGACGGGAAUGAACUGCUCGGCUGAUAUAAAUGAAUGUGAUACUCUUCGUCCUUGCAGGAACAAUGGUAAAUGUAUAAACACAGUGGGAGGAUACGCGUGCCACUGUUGCGCAGGAUGGACGGGAAUGAACUGCUCGGCUGAUAUAAAUGAAUGUGAUACUCUUCGUCCUUGCAGGAACAAUGGUAAAUGUAUAAACACAGUGGGAGGAUACGCGUGCCACUGUUCCGCAGGAUGGACGGGAAUGAACUGCUCGGCUGAUAUAAAUGAAUGUGAUACUCUUCGUCCUUGCAGGAACAAUGGUAAAUGUAUAAACACAGUGGGAGGAUACGCGUGCCACUGUUCCGCAGGAUGGACGGGAAAGAACUGCUCGACUGAUAUAAAUGAAUGUGAUACUCUUCGUCCUUGCAGGAACAAUGGUAAAUGUAUAAACACAGUGGGAGGAUACGCGUGCCACUGUUCCGCAGGAUGGACGGGAAAGAACUGCUCGACUGAUAUAAAUGAAUGUGAUACUCUUCGUCCUUGCAGGAACAAUGGUAAAUGCAUAAACACAGUGGGAGGAUACGCGUGCCACUGUUCCGCAGGAUGGACGGGAAAGAACUGCUCGACUGAUAUAAAUGAAUGUGAUACUCUUCGUCCUUGCAGGAACAAUGGUAAAUGUAUAAACACAGGGGGAGGAUACGCGUGCCACUGUACUACAGGAUGGACGGGUCAAAACUGCUCUCAGGAUGUAAAUGAGUGUGAUGUGAUUCAUCCAUGCAAAAAUAAUGGUUUAUGCAGAAACACGUGGGGGAGAUACAUUUGUCAUUGUACGGUAGGUUGGAAAGGGCAGAACUGUUCCGUUGAUGCAAAUGAAUGUGAUGAGUUUCAUCCGUGCCAGAAUAAGGGCUCAUGCGUCAACACGGUAGGAAAUUAUACAUGUCAUUGUCCUGUCGGAUGGAAAGGACAAAACUGUUCCGUUGAUGCCAAUGAAUGUGAUGAGUUUCAUCCGUGCCAGAAUAAGGGCUCAUGUUACAACACAGUAGGAAAUUAUACAUGUCAUUGCCCUGUAGAAUGGAAAGGACAAAACUGUUCUGUUGAUGUCGAUGAAUGUGAUACGUUUCAGCCAUGUCAGAAUAAAGGCUCAUGCAUCAACACAGUAGGAAAUUAUACAUGUCAUUGCCCUGUAGAAUGGACAGGACAAAACUGUUCUGUUGAUGUCGAUGAAUGUGAUACGUUUCAACCGUGUCAGAAUAAAGGCUCAUGCAUCAACGUGGAAGGAAAUUAUACGUGUCAUUGCCCUGUAGAAUGGAAAGGACAGAACUGCACUGUUGAUGUAAACGAAUGCAAUAAUUCACUCUGCAAACAUAAUUCAACGUGCUAUAACGUUGACGGCGGAUAUACCUGCAUCUGCCCUCCAAACUGGUCCGGCAACAACUGUGAGAACGAUGUAGAUGAAUGCAGUAGUUCUCCUUGCAAGAAUGACGGAAACUGUUCUAACACAGACGGCAGUUACACCUGCACAUCGACACAAACAAGAAGUACAACACCUGCAGCUACCACAUGGACACAAACAAGCAGCACCAGACUGAGAGUUACUACAGUGACCGGCUUUGAAAUUCGACUGGAAGAUGCCAUCCAUCCAAGAUGCACAAGUUCAGGGUGGAAUAUAACCCUGGACAUGUCGAAAGUUAGACAGCUAUAUCCGGAGAUAAAAGCCAACCAAAUUUAUUUUGGUGACAACACUUGUCGAGGGAAACUGGUUGGAGAUCAUUUAGUAUUUCUUCAGGGAUUGAGAGACUGCCUUACAGCCGAACGGAUAUCAGGCAACACGAUAUUAUACGAAAAUGAAUCAUUCUAUGCAAUCUCCGACCCCAUACAUCCAUUCAUCAUACGACAGUACAAAUGGAAAUACGGUGUUGAGUGUGACAUCAGUCGUAAUGAGGCUACGUCAUCGCACGUGCAUCACAACGUCGAAUCACACCAUUCUGUAGUAUCUGGUCAUUACAGUAUAAACUUGACAUUUUUCAAAGAUCCGAGCUUUAUGAAUCAGCUUCCUGGAAAUCCUGUACAAACGAAUGUGGGUGAUGACGUCUAUGUCAAGGUUUUCACAACGGCAACCGACUGGAAUAUUAAAAUGAGGCUGCAUACGUGUUACACGAAACCGACGGAGGCUGCAGCAAAUAUGGUGUACUACAUAAUCAAGGAUGGAUGCGAAGUAGACAAUAAUACUCAUAUUAUGUCCCAGUCAACACACGAGACGAGAUUCGUGUUCCAAGAUUUUGUGUAUUUCUCAAACAGAGAAGGUCUCAACAUCCACUGCAAUGCCACGUUUUGUGAAACAAAAGACUUUUCUCCAGGAUGCGCACAAUCUUGUAUAUCCCACGAGAAUCAAGCUCUUAUUGGAAAAUAGGCGCCGAUUGCAUACAUGCGUCAAAUGUUGCAAUGUUAUUAUGAGAGUAUAUCCUCUACAUUUAAGACUUAUUCAGAUCACAAGAUAAAUGUUAGAAAAUCAGAAAGUUUUAAAUAUUUGAAAGCUUAUUUCAACGUUGCCGAGACAAACAAAGUGUUAUGAUAAUUAAACAUUAUAAACUACAUUAUAUGUAUUGUGUUGUAUUGUUAAGAAGCAAUAAAGGUCGUUAUAUUCAAUUUUAGAUACUCUGAAAAGUAUCUUCUGAAAGUACGCAACACAUUGUAGAUUUACAAGAGACGUCUGUUUCUUGUAAUAAUUCAGAACAAUGAUUUUGUUUUAUAUUAUUUGUCCAUAUUAUAUAAUCACCCAUACGAUAUAGAGCUACAUUCACUGACUUUUUUUUGCAUCUAACUAUUUAUCCGAAACAAGCUACUAGUAUACAGACACACCUUUUUGAAUUUUCGCAAUGAAUUUCGUAUUGCUAAUAGAUACAUUUAGGAUUUUUUAAACGUUGAGGGAAAUAUGUUCGUAACGAAAGCGAAUAAUGUAGCUGUAAUAUCAUUUGAUUCAUUUAAUGAACACUUACCAUAUUUAAAAAGCUAAACAAUUAACAUGCAUUGAGGUUCUGGCUGUCUGUCUGGCUGUCUGUCUGUCUGAUAGUUACCAGCUAGGGAUAAAGAUGUAUAUUUGUUUUCGUCAUGAAUUGCUUGCCUUUUAUAACAAAUUCGAACGUUUGUAAAUUCGAGAGAAAUGUGUGGGUUUUUUAUAAAAAGAAAGAAAUGGGUACAGAACGUAAAUAAGGUAAAGUUAUUCAUAGCAUUAUUGGAAUUUUUUUUCCAUUAUGGAGUAUAAUUUACAACAUCUGUAUCUCAAAAUGUGAUCGCUUUCAUAAUUACUUUAAUUAUAUGAAAAUAUAAUCUAGAUAUCGAUUGCCUAUUAGAUGUUUUGCUGAGAUGCUAAGAAUAUAAUUUCGAUAGAUCUCUUCAUCCAACAUAAUAAUAAAAGUGUUACUUAAGACUGCCAAACAAGAAUGAUUAGGAUAGUCUAGUUCUGAAUUCUUUUGAACGAAUGGCCUAUUACUGAGGGCAGUUGUAUGUAUGAAAAUGAAUGUCAUUACUAAUUAGAUA